UCAUGUUCUUUAAUUUUCUACAAUCCAAUUAAGAAAAACUACGAACUUCUCAAACAAUUAUAAUUUAUAUGUAUAUGACAUAUAUAUAUGUUCAUAUAUUAUUACGUAAAUAAUUCGCUAAGAUAUGUUAAAUAUUAAUAUAACAUUAAACAUACAUAUAUACAUAUAAUUUAUAACAGGACAUUUACAAAGAACUUGCGUCAGUAUUAUAAAUUAUAAUAAAAUACUAAAAUAAUCAAUUCGUUGAUCAAAGAAAUCAUAAAAUAUUAUCAAAAUGUUAACACAAUUUGUAAAAGUAAGCUUUCAGAAUCAAUCCAAAAAGGUUUUUUCAUCGAGACAGACAAAUCUUUACAACAUACUCCUUUCAAGCAAUAGGAAAGCAUCAUCGAAAGAAAAAAUUGUAGAUGAUGAAUGUUCAAAUGAACCUAUCAAAUAUUCUACAUCAAAAGCAUCAACUUGGCUUGCUUCCCAAAUUCGUCAACGUCAAUUUGAAAGACAUCCAUAUGAAUCUAAUGUUAUAACAAUUAGUAUAAUCAUUUUUAUGAUUUAUUUCUUUAUUUUAAGAGAAGAGAACGAUAUAGAUCUAUCUCUUAAUAAAUCGCUGUCAGAACUUGUACCUAAUAUUAACAAAACAAAUGCAUUAUCUUCCAAGAGAUUAUAACUGUAAAUACUGUAUUGUAGUAAUCGGUUUUUGUAUGUAAUUGAAUUUUUUGAUUCAUCCAUAUAUAUAUUAUUUCUUUUUUUUUCUUAAAUUAUCAAUUAAAUAAAUAGUUAAUUAUUGAACUUA